AUACACAUCCAUAUCCCACAAGGCUGUGCUUCGGUUGUGAAGGUGACCGGUUUACGUUGAGAGAGAGAAAAUGGCAUCUGCCUAUCUCACUCAUCAACAGAAGGUCCUUCGUCUUUACAAAAAGUCCCUAAGACACUUAGAGUCAUGGUGCAUAUUUAGGGAUAAGUACCGUUUCUACGCCUGCUUGUUAAGGGCGCGCUUUGACGAGAACAAGAAUGAGAAAGACAUGGUUAAAGCUACAAUGCUUCUGAAAGCUGGCGAGGAGGAAUUCUGGGACAACCAGCACCCCCAGCCCUACCUCUUCCCAGAUUCACCAGGGGGGACAUCCUACGAGAGAUACGAAUGCUUCAAGGUCCCUGAAUGGUGUCUGGACCACUGGCAUCCCUCUGAGAAAGCCAUGUAUCCAGACUACUUUGCCAAGAGAGAACAGUGGAAGAAACUGCGAGAGCAGAGCUGGAACAGAGAGGUCCAGCAGCUGCAGGAGGAAACCUCUGCCACUGGGCCCAAAUCUGAAGCCCUCCCUCCAGCCCGCAGGGAGGAUGACCUCCCUCCUUUGUGGUGGCAGUUUGUCACCCGGCCCAGAGAGCGUCCCGUCUGAGAAUGUUCAGCAAA